CACACCCUAACAAACUCAUUCCAAACUAGAACAAAUCACAAAAGUGUUCUAGUUUCAUCACAAGAGAGAAAAACAACAACGUGAAUAGCAUCGAAAAAGAAACAUCUUCAUAACAAAAAUCAAUCUUUCUUUUUUAUUUGAAUGGCAACUCGCGUGGUCCCACCAAGAAUCUUCAAAAAUCUCCGUUACAAAACAACAACAACAAAGACACUCAACUCCUCUCAUCCUUCGGCCGCGGCGGCCGUCACUUCAACGGUCGACCUGACACCGCCGCCGCCGCCGCCGUCAUCACAUCCGCUAUCAUCUCUCGACUUAAACAAUGCCGAGAGACUAUUCUCGGCAGUACCAACAUCAACUCUAGUUCGUUCCACAGCCGUUCUACAUGCAACGGCUGUAGGACCUAUGGUUGAUGUUGGAAUAUGGGCUAUGAAAUCGAAACUUUUUCAAAUGGGAAUUAUGAAAGACGCCGUUAUGGCCGUUACGAAGAAAACGUUUUAUGAACAUUUUUGUGCUGGCGAAGACACCGUUGCUGCUGGACGGAGUAUAAGGACCGUUAAUAAUGCUGGCUUACGUGGCAUGCUUGUUUAUGGUGUCGAAGAUGCGCACGAUAACGAAAGUUGUGAUCGUAAUUUUGAUGGAUUCCUUCAUACCGUUGAUGUUAGCAGAUCACUACCUCCUAAUUCCGUGAGUUUUGUAAUAGUGAAAAUAACAGCAAUAUGUCCAAUGGCAUUACUAGAGAGAAUAAGUGAUCUUCUAAGAUGGCAAGAAAAAGAGCCUUCAUUGAAAUUAGCAUGGAAACAAGAUUGUCUUCCAAUAUUCUCAGAAUCAAGUCCAUUGUAUCACACUCAGAAAAGACCUGAACCAUUAACAUCAGAAGAAGAGAAUGAUCUUGAACUAGCAAAUGAAAGAUUACAAAAACUUUGUGAAAAAUGUGUUGAAAGUAAUAUGCCUUUGUUGGUUGAUGCAGAACACACAAGUGUUCAACCAGCUAUUGAUUACUUCACAUAUUCUUCAGCUAUUAUUCAUAACAAAGAUGAUAAUCCAAUUGUGUUUGGAACAAUUCAAACUUACUUGAAAGAUGCUAAGGAGAGAUUGCUUCUUGCAACUAAAGCUGCUGACAAUAUUGGAAUUCCAAUGGGAUUUAAAUUGGUUAGAGGUGCUUAUAUGUCCACUGAAAAUACUUUGGCUCACUCUUUUGGAUAUCCUUCCCCAAUUCAUGCUACCAUUCAAGACACACACAAUUGCUUCAAUGAUUGUUCUUCUUUUUUGCUUCAAAAGAUUGCCAAUGGACCUGGUUCUCUUGUUCUUGCUACUCAUAAUAUUCAAUCAGGAAAAUUGGCUGCUGCAAAAGCAUAUGAAAUAGGGAUUGGAAAAGUGAAUCACAAGCUUGAAUUUGCACAACUAUGUGGAAUGGCAGAUGCACUUUCAUUUGGUUUAAGCAAUGCUGGAUUUAGAGUAAGCAAAUAUAUGCCAUUUGGACCAGUUGAGAUGGUUAUGCCUUACUUGUUAAGAAGAGCUGAAGAGAACAGAGGACUUUUGUCUGCUUCUGGAUUUGAUAGGCAACUCAUAAGAAAGGAGCUUGGAAGGAGACUAAAAGCUGCAAUAUUUUAAGAUCUAUAUAAUAUUUUUCAUAAUACUAAUAAUAAUAAUCAUGUCUUGUUUGUAUAGGCAAGGCAACAUGAUUUUUUAAUUUUUGUAUAAAAUAGAGAAUUCUGUAAUAGGGUGGAAUUUGAAUUUCAGUGAAUGAAUUUUGCAUCAUUAUAAUUAUUAUUAUUAUUAUAUUUGUUGGAAAUGCAAUUUAGAUUUUGGGUUGA